AUGGAUACAAAGCCUAUUGACACUCCCAUGGGAACAAACUCAAAACUGGAUGCAGAUGAACCUGGUCCCAUGGUGAAUGAAACUAUGUAUAGAGGCAUAAUUUGUUCAUUGAUGUACUUGACAUCAAGCAAACCUGAUAUUGUGUUUAGUGUGGGAGACUCGUGUGAACUGGUGGGAUAUGCAGAUGCAUAUUAUGCAGGGUAUCUAGUUGACAGAAAGAGCACCACAGGAAUGGCUCAUUUUUUGGGGUCUUCACUUAUCUCCUGGGGAACUAAGAAGCAAAAUUCAGUGGCUCUUUCUACAGCUGAAGCAGAAUAUGUAGCAGUUGCAUGUUGUUGUGCUCAAUUUCUAUGGAUAAAGCAACAACUUUAA